UCGACGACGACGACUGUUUUCUCUCUCACACGAUACUUAACCUUAUAAGACUAGUCGUCGUCUCCGGCGAAGUAUAGAGCAAAAUAAUAAAACCGAUCCGUUUGAGAAAUGGAGAAUUCAGUAGAUCUCGUACCGGCGAUAGUUGUGUUUCUCGCCGCAGUUCACGUCCUCGCCUUGGUGUACUGGAUUUAUAGAUUGGCAUCUGAUCGUCCACCUCAGAGAAAAAAAUCUCAGUGAAUCAUCAUCAUCGAUCGGUGUGUGUUUUCGUUUUUUUCUCCGAUCUAGUAUUGUUAAAAUUUUUGAUGAAAGUAUUUGGAACUUUUGAACCUGUGUAAGGAUCUUUGAUUAGUUCAUUUUUUUUUUUUUCACUUUUGUACUCUGUUUGAUUCUGCAUACAGGGAUCAUUGUUUCCAUUAGCUAUCAUCAACACUUAGAGAUGUAAUCAAAGUUACAAAAUCCAAAUCUUAUUUCUAGUUCUAAUGAGAGUGAUGUGUUGUUCUUU